CCCUUGUUUACGCAGCAUAUUUAGGAAAAGCAACAUCGUUACGCUCUUGAAAUUAGAUGAAGCUUCACGCCACCCCCAGGGCAUUGAACCUACGUUUUUUUACCAACCACGCAUGUGCAAAACUAUAAAGUUAGAUUCAGUCCUCAAGAUGACCUCCUAUCCGUGGGAUUAAACAAUUUGUAGAGCUGUAUUGGUUAAAAUGGUUUAAUUAUAUAAUCGUGGACAAAGGUUAGUAUUCAACACUUGUAGGGACUAAAUCAGCCCCGAACCCCCGCCCCCUAAACACACACGGUACUCCCACAAUAUUGGCAAGGGCAUGGCCUACGCCUGCGAUUAUAGGCUAAUAGAUGGUUAUAAUCUUUUUGCUAACAAUUAUAAUUUAGAAAGAUUGCAAUAUAUCAUACAUCGCAGGCGAAAUGUAAGUUAAUAAUCAUUCCCGAAAAUUAACAUUAGCCGCUAAUCACCGAACUAAUUUCUGUUGCUAAGUUUGACAAAGCUAUAAAUGCAGCUUUUCACGUCGUUUUAUUCCAGCCUCUAUCCCUUCAUCGUGUUCUGAGUCGCCGCGAAUAUUACAUUAUGUCAACAUAAUUUCAAAUUUAAGAAAUUAAACUUAACAGUUAUGUUAAAUAAUUUACAUAAACUUUACCAAGAAAAUGUAUUUUCUUUUCAAGUAAAAUAUGACUCCAGUUGCUUAUGAAAUUAAAUAUUACGAUUUAAUUCUGUACUCACUGCCUUCCGUAUAGGCCUUUCGGUGCUGAUCUGACUCUUUCCAUUUUGACCCUUACGUAAAAUAUCCUUUGGGGGUGUGCGCAUUAGCUGAUCUGGUGUAUGAAUAAAACUGUAAAAAACGGAUUAAAUGGGGGAAAUUGCGCUGUCGGUCUAUUGGCUGCAGAAAAAAAGCACCGUGUUCCUCAGUGAAGUCUCUGAAUUUGCAUUAUGGCCAGCUGCUCAUUUUAGCGGCAUAAAUUAACUUGUUUAAUACAUCUUGUGUAUGUGCGUGCCCACUUAGCAACGUAGUAUUAGUAGUUAUCGUUGCAAGAAUAUCACAUAUAAAUUUAUUAGGAAAAGGAACUCAACAAAUCAGAGAAGAAAGGGAAAUGUGUGUCCGGUGUAAAAUCUGCUUACAAUUACUUGUAAUUUAAGGAGAAGACAUGAAUUAAUUAAAGAGAAGGUUAAAUUAGGAUUAAAUCGGGAUUAUUUUUUUAUAUGAAAUAUUUUCUACAUUAUCGACAUGCAACUUUUGUUGAUGUGAGAAAUGAUGAUGUAAUAUAAUACGCACGCGACUUAAAACAACAAUGAAUUCCUUAGUCACAGCUUGUAAUGAUCACACUAGAUUCAAAAUGCAUAACCCAUAUUCAAUACUAAUUAACAACAUAUUUGGAACUAAAAUAUAUAUAACUUUGUAUUAUUAACGCAUUUAAAAGACAAUUCUGCUUAAUUUAUUAUAAUGGAAGGAACGUUAUUUACAAUCCCAGGGACCGUAAAUUGACCCAGGAAAGCGAGAGAUAAUAAAUAAGCUUAGACUUUGCAUCCCAUUCUGAUCUUUUUUUUUUUUUUUUGGUGGGGGUGGAUAGUUUUAAUCACACACGCGCGCAUUCCGACGAAAACAUGCCCUCUGAAACAUAGGCUACUCCACGUUUUGCACGGGAAAAAUCAGAAGACAGUCCAAUGGAUUAAUAAUGUCCAAUUGCCAUGUACUAUGGCACGUUAACUCUUUGCAGUACUUUCUCAUCGAGGUAGUUAUUAAAAGCAUUUUGACGUCAAUAGAAACGAGUUAAGUUUGCAUGUGAUCUACUACGAGCCAAUACAUCAGGACCCGAGUUGGAGCGAGGCUGUUUGGGGACCUUCGCGGUACAGCCAGAACACAGAGAAAGUCCGUAGUUGCGUCGAUUUAGGAGAGCCGAAAAAGAAUAUAAAAGCGGCUGCACCAAAAAUGGACUUUCACUGCCACAAACUUUCGGCAUGUGUCCAAAUAGAGAGAGAGAAAAUUCACAACAAAACUGAAGACUCUUCAGACGACCCAUCAAAGAAGAAGAGGCAGCGAAGACAGAGGACACAUUUCACCAGCCAACAGCUCCAAGAGCUGGAGGCCACUUUCCAGAGGAACAGGUAUCCAGACAUGUCUACAAGAGAAGAGAUUGCUGUCUGGACCAACCUCACAGAGGCCAGAGUCAGGGUAUGGUUCAAGAACCGCCGGGCAAAAUGGAGGAAAAGGGAGAGAAAUCAACAAACGGAACUUUGCAAAAAUGGAUUCGGUCCUCAGUUCAAUGGACUUAUGCAACCCUAUGACGACAUGUAUUCCAGCUACACGUACAACAGCUGGGCUACCAAGGGAAUAACGUCAGCCUCGUUGUCAACCAAAACCUUUCCGUUUUUCAACUCCAUGAAUGUCAAUCCCUUGUCAUCGCAGGCUAUGUUCUCUCCACAAAACUCUAUCUCUUCCAUGGGCAUAAACUCAAGUAUGGUACCCUCCGCAGUAACCGGCGUGCCGGGUUCAAGUCUCGCCAGCUUCAAUAACCUGAACAACCUAAGUAAUCCUUCUCUGAAUACUGGAGUUCCUGCGCCGACUUGUCCAUACGCAUCGCCGACGUCCCCUUACGUGUACAGAGACACGUGUAACUCCAGUUUGGCCAGCCUGAGACUUAAAGCAAAACAGCAUUCAAGCUUCGGAUACGUUCAAAAUCCUUCUUCUGAUCUGAGUGCUUGCCAAUACGCAGUGGAGCGACCUGUGUGAAAUCCGGGAAUAUUACAGCCGUUUCUCAGGAAGCAGACGAUACAAGUGUUCUUAUAUAAAGGAUGCACUAUAUUGGACAAAUAACUGAAAAGAGCUGAAAAUCACGGUGGAAUUUAUAUCUGAGAAAAUUAUAUAUUUGCCUGGACUGUCCGAAAUGGUAUUUGAUUUGUUGUAGGUUAAGAUUGAACACUUCGUGUAUAAACUGAACAGUAAAACUAAUUUUAUAAAGGUGAAUGCAAAUAAAGAAUAUAGAAAAUAUACAGGGAUGACAUUUCCUUAACGAUGAUGUCUUGUGUAUAGUAAAUGCACCAGUUUUUGUGUUUCGAAUCGAUUGGAAAAUGUAUUAUCUGAUGUCUUUGUGCAUAUGGGUUUUGUGCAUAUGGGUUUUUAUCCCUAUGAAGAAUUCGCUGCAUGUGUCUAGCCUAGUAUAAUUUUUGGUACGAUUUUUAAAAUUAAUUAUUAACUUCCCAUGAUUUUUUUGUGUUCGGGGGUGUUGAUGCUGCUUCUUGUUUGGGUACCGAACCUUAAAAACGUUCGUGUAGAGUGGUGGUUGAUCAAUAAAUAAAUUGGCGAAACAUAUUGUCCACAGGUUAGUAAAAACAGAAGAAGAUAUUAGCUCUGGAAACCACCUGCACAUUGAUUAUUUGGUCCAAAAGAGUAUGCCGAAAUGUGAAAUGACAACGGGCAGUAAUAUUUUCAUUACUUAAUAGACGUGUUGCUCGAUUUCUUCGUUGUAUAUUUCAGUGACUUUAAAUAUUAAGCAAAUAAAUACGAUUUAUUUUC